AUGAUAUUGAUACAUAGAACAGUAAUAAACAUCCACGGCGGAGCCUUCAUGCUCGGCAACUCACGUAUGGUCUCCAUCCCCCAAAUCGAGGACUGUCUAUCCCGGGGCUGGAUCGUCGUGGUCCCCAACCACCGUCUCUGUCCCGGGGUGAAUAUCCUCGAAGGCCCGAUAGAGGAUUGUCGAGAUCUCUUGGCGUGGGUGUAUGAUGGCAGUCUGGAAGGGCUUUUACGCGAUCAGGGGGUUGAAACGUUGAGAGUCGAUACAGAGAGGGUUAUGGCAUUCGGGACAAGUAGUGGAGGGUUUUUGGCGUUGAGUUUGGGCUACGACGUCCCCAAACCACCAAAAGCAAUUCUUGAUUUCUACGGUGCAGUCCAUUUCACGCAUCCCUUCUGGACUGCGCCCCUCCCUCACGUGGCUGAGAAGUUGCCCCCAGGUCUGUACCCGGAGUUCAUGGACAGAGUUUACGAGGAGGAUCCAGUCCCCACGGAUAGUUCUAUCUCGCUCGAGGGCCAGACGGAGUCUGGACGGGCUAAGGGGCCGGAUUUUUCGCGGCCGCGGGAUGCAUUUGCGUUUAUGCAGAUUGCGAAUGGGCGGGUGUUGAGCGCCUGUUUCCCUGGGCGGGAUGUGAGGGAGAUUGAUCCUGUGUGCUGCGUUCGGGAGGGGUUUCCUGCUACGUGUGUUGUGCAUGGACUUGAGGAUCGGAUGGUUCCGAUUUGUUUGAGUAGGGAGUUGGUGAGAGUUCUUGGGGAGAAGGGGGUGGAGUGUGAAAUGGUGGAGGUUCCGGGGGAGGAUCAUACGUUUGCGAUGGGAAUGGAGGUUGGGUCAAGGACUUGGGAGAUACAGAGAAAGGGAUUUGAUUUCUUGGAGAGGAUUAUUGGUCGAGAGUAA